UAUCUCCUUUCAAAAAACUGUCAGGGUCAUUUUGACUGUUCCAAUUUUUUUAGAACACAAUUUUAUACCACUUUUAAAGUUCUUCUUCAAUAAAACAUCCAAAAUGAACGCAACAAAUAUGCUUUCGGCCAACAAGGUCAAACUUCACGGUAUGACUUCGACAAAAUGGACCACCAAAGACAAAAUCACGCAAUACAAGGGGCUUAUAAAGCUCUAUACUCGCGACAGAAAAAUUAUCGAAAUGGAUACCGGGGUGGCUCAAAAGAAACAGACUAGGGAGUUAAAAAAUAUGCAAAAAGAGAUCGAGCAAAACAGAAAAGACCUAGAUAACGCGAUAAGGGGAGACAAGCAGAAGUUGAGGAACACUUUGGCUGACCAUCGGCAAAUGCAGCUGGCAUUUCAAUAUUCUCAACCAGAAAAAGUUAUUGAAAUGGUGGGUCAGGUGAACUUCAAUAAACGCAAAAGUCGUGAUCUGCUGACGUACAAGAAAAAGUUGAAAACCCAAGAGCUUAUCGACUUAAAACUGCGCCACGCCGAACUGGAGGACAUCUUGAAAUUCGAAGGGUUAAGCUGGGGAAGCAUGCUCCCGUGCGAACGACAAGCACACAUCAUUACGGGAAAAGUACAAGAUGCAAUUUUAAAAAAAGAAGCCGCCAUUGUGAUCCGGCAAUCGUACAAAGAAAUGAUCGCGAUAAUGAAAAAGGAUGCAUUAUAUUUUGAUGCUAUUUUGGACGCAAUCAGAGCCGACGGUGUCAGUCAAGGCAAGUGCAUGAUCAACGCAACGAAACUCGGGCAGUUGGCAACCGAAUAUUUGGACGACAGGCGACAAGAGUUUAAACUAUUAGAGAAAAUUAUAAAACAUGAUCUGGCUCAACGAAGACAUGACUUGGACAAGGUGAAACAAAGAGUUCAAACGUUCAGCUCCAAUUUAAAGGAUCUCCUGAGAAGAGACAGCGACAUUAAUUUGGGCAACGUGCAGCUGCAGCCGAGUGCCAGUUUUGCUCGUCUCCAAGAAGACAUUCGAGACGUUGAAGCGACAUUAAGAUUUUUGAAAAACGCUAUUUUUGUCCCCACCUUGGAGGCGAUCUACCCCUGUUUGGAGGAACAACUUUUACAGAAACAACGACUAACAGCGAUGGUGGAAAAGUGCGAGGCCAACAGAAAUGAGCUGCUUAAAAAAUGCGAUCACGCGUCCAUUAUGCAGUCGGAAAUGGAGAACACCAUGAUUGGCACUACUAAAGAAUACAAAGAAGCUAAGGAACAGUAUAUGAAAAAUAUAGAGAUGGAGCAGGAGAAUAUACGGAAAGUGGACCAACUUAUUGGAAAUCGGUACAACUUAAUGGCGAGGGUACGCAUAUCCCUAAAGCAUUUGCAAUUGUUAUCAACAUUGGUCUCUCAAGAUGGUAAGCCAGUACCACAAAAGUCCCACUCUGAAAAUAGCGGACUCAUGAAACCUCCAGUCGAGGAAACUGAUGGCACCAAAAUCAUCCCGGACUUGGUAAAGAAAUUCACGAAACUAGCAAAUUAUUCGAAGGAUUUGCUCAAGACGACCGAAAGGGAGGAAGGAUACAAAAACUUCGAGAACCUAAUGUACGCGAGCACAAAAACGGUAGAAGAAUAUAAAAUAAUCAGUGAGGAGUCACUUAUUGAGACCGUCUUCAUUGAUCCUCAUAUUCUAUCCAAUGCCGAUAUUAAGAAGCAAAGCGAGGAAAUUGUACAAGCCAAUCAAGUGUCAGACGAAAUGAUUAUGCCUGAUAAAAAAAAGAAAUCUUAUUAGUUUGUACUGUUUAUAUAUUAAUAAACUUCUUAAACCAU